AUGGCAGGUACUUCCAAAGCCGACCAUCUCUGUGUCUUAGUUCACGGACUUUGGGGAAACCCUUCGCACCUUGAUUACAUCGCAUCCGCUCUAAGAGACAGAUAUGGCGGCGAAAACCUCUACAUCCUCUGCCCAAAAACAAAUAGCGGCAACUAUACCUACGACGGAAUCGAGUUGGGCGGAGAACGAAUAGUGCACGAGGUCGAGGAGACUCUUGAAUCUCUAGCCAAGAAGGGACAAAAGAUCACGAAAAUCAGUGUGGUUGGAUACUCGCUUGGUGGUCUGCUCGCGCGCUAUGCGAUCGGCCUGCUCAAUGCACGGGGUUGGCUGGAUAAGCUGGAACCUAUGAAUUUCACGACCUUUGCCACACCACACGUUGGAGUGAGAGCUCCACUGAAAGGAUACAAGGAUCAGAUUUUCAAUGUUUUAGGGCCGAGGACGAUCUCGGCAUCUGGCCGCCAAAUGUGGCUGGUCGAUUCCUUCCGGGAUACCGGGCGGCCGCUUCUCUCUGUUUUGGCUGAUCCCGAGAGCAUCUUCAUAACUGGAUUGAAGAAGUUCCGGCACCGCAGUGUCUAUGCGAAUAUCGUCAAUGAUCGCUCAGUUCUCUUCUAUACAUCUGGUCUCUCUAAAGUGGACCCAUUCCGGGAUCUGGAAGACGUGAAUAUCAACUACGUCAAGGGUUAUGAAGAUGUCAUUAUCGAUCCUGACAUGCAUGUGCUUCCACCGGUGGAAAGAAACCCCGAAACCGCAGCAGCGCGAUUCUGGAAGAAGAUAAAAUCGUUGACUCUUUGGGUACCUCUGUCACUCUUGAUCAUUGUUCUCUCGCCUCUGGCUUGUACACUCUUCCUGGUAAAUGCCGGGAUCCAGACGUUUCGCAGUUCAAAGCGAAUUCGUAUGCAUGAAAUUGGCGAAAACGGCGAGCGCUUUGGAAGAUACAGAGUACCGGUUUUGGUCCAAGAUGUUCAGCAUGUCGUGGAGCAGGCCUUUGAUAACGUCAAUGCUAUACAAGAACCCGCUUACCUGUCCAACAGCGAUACUGAGGUGUCUGAUGCGGCGCCUGAGAAGCCCGCUAGAUCGUCUGUCUCGAAGUCCGCGCAAAGCGAUGACACUGAGUCUGCGUCGGCUAGACGUUCAUCAACGACGGAGGUUUCGGUGCAUUGUCCUCAGCUUGCAUUGACUCCCGAACAAUUUGGCAUCAUUGAUUCCCUCAACGCCGUGGGAAUUCGGAAAUAUCCCGUCCACAUACAGAAGCACCACCACAGCCACGCAGCUAUCAUCGUCCGGGUUGAGAAGGAUGGGUUCCGAGAGGGUAAGAUUGUGAUGAAGCAUUGGCUAGACAAUGAGUUCGCGUUGUAA